AUGGACUCUAACACAUCUACGCAAAAUGCUGGCAUUCAGCAGAACACCUGGCAAGGGGGGAAUGGACGAGUGCUUCUACCUUGGAUGGACGACCCCGAAGAGAUUAAGAAUGAGGUCCGACUUGUCUACAAACAGAAGCAACCGCAUCUGGAUGCAGUUGCAGGCGAGCUGGCAUCUCUCCUCGGUCUUGGCGACGGCUUAAUAGCCAAGCAGCGGAUGCAGAACCUGUUUACACACCCGGCACUUCUCGACGCCUUCGUCGAAUUCGCCGAGACGUAUCUCGAAGGAAAAUGGGACCUUCCGGUUGGCGAAUGGGAGGCGGUCCACAAGCUCGCACACGCCCAUGCCGACGACGCCAACUGGGGUUCUGACGCACCUCCGUCCCGGGAGGAUUGGAAUGUCAAUCAUUUCUACGCCCGCUUCAUACUCCGGACGUUGGCAAGACUCAGAAACCCGGACGACGCCCCAAGAAAUCUUGCGUACUGGCUCGGGGAGGCUAACCCGUGCGACGCGACGUGGCUGCUCAUGCACGUCCUGAUGUAUAUGCAGUGGGAUGCGAUGCGGGACUAUAAAAAACAUGCUCCCAUGAAGGAUCGUAUUAACCAUUUUGUUAAUGUGUGGAAGGCGGACAUGGCGUAUAGAGAACCUAGUAACUAG